GCGAGGAUUCCGAGUAUUGUGACGGCCGGUGGCGGGUUCUGCUGUUGCCCCGGCGACCGGAUGUAAACUGUCUCCGCGUUCCAUCCGGCGGGCGCGGGAGGCAGAAACAAAAUGGUGAGCCACCGAAGAAGAGUCACUCCUGCUGUUGGAGCAGUAGGUAGUGUGUAACAUGGAAGCCUGCUCUGAGAGCCUGCCUCAAGCUUCCAGCAUUGAGAGAACAUACCCUGGGCACACUGGAAAAGUGUUCAAAGGUUAUACAGGCCCCACCGUUCCCUAUAAACACAAUGCAAGAGUGAUCCCAAACUCAGAAAAGAAGGGGUUUAAUUCUCAAGCAAAGAGAUUUCAGUAUAACAAGGACGAAAGUCCCGGUCCAGGAUUCUACAAUGUCAUUCACCGGUCUCCAGAGUUCAACAGCACCUCUCUGUCAAAGAAAGGAACCGGCUACUUUCCUUCAGGGGAUACCCGGAUCGCACGCAACCAAAUCCCCAGCUACCCAGCCGCAAAUGCCUACAGCAUUGCAUCCUGCUUCCAGUCCAAGAGAGACUUCGGUACAGGCAACUCCAGCAUGUUUCAGCAACCUAUCGCUAGGAAGCUAAAGAAGAUGCCUACCCCAGCACCCAACCAGUACAACGCCUCUACAGAUUUCUGCAAGCAAAGCAACAACGUCUGCGCCUGGGCUGCAUUCGUGUCCAAAACCGCGAGAGGACUAAGUUCUGUUACAGCAGAAAAAUGGCCUUCUCCAUGUCAUUACAGCAUCGACGUCUCCCUCACCCAGCGGUCUCCCAAUAACGUCAUGUCCUGCUUCAAGUCCAAGACCCCGCGGGAAGUAAAGGUGGACUCCUGCGGCCCAGGGCCCGCUGCCUACUCUCUGAGAGACCUUCCCAAGGUAGCCAAGAAGACCUGUGGCCUGUGCAAGUACGGCCUGAACUUCUCAGCUGCUGCCAUCCCACCCCCGAAGGAUCCCCCACUGCCAGGCCCGGGGCAGUAUGAUGUGGUGGACUACAAGGACCCCCCGAAGCAGUGCAUUUCCAGUGCCGUGUUUGUCUCCAACGUGGGGCGCUGGGCAGGAGACCAGUCUCGGGAAGGGCUGCCUGGGCCAGGGACGUACUGGCCCCACGUGCCGGAGAAGCAGUCCUUUCUCUGCAAUGCUGACAAGAAGUGGGUGCCGGUGCUGUGAGCCUCAGAGCCCAGGUGCCAUGGGAGGAAGCCUGCAGGGACCAGACUUCGUUUGGGAGCCGCAAGGAUCAUGAGCGAGACCCAGCCUCCCCCUGACCCGUUUCUAGCGAUCCUGGUAAUUCAGCAGCUGGCACUGGCAUUUUGCACACGUGAAUUAAAAAAUAAUCAUGAAG